AUGCCCGCGCCCCGACGGAAAAAUCUGCUCGCGAGCAGACGGCGGCGACAAGAUGAAGGAGAGGAAGAAGGAUCCAUCCUCGGCGAAUUUGAGGAUGAUUCCCUGAGCGAGGGUUCCGCGGUCACCAAUGGUGAGGAAGGGGUGUUUGAAGGAAGUGAGUCCAGUGGGGACGAGCGAGACACGGUGCAGGAAACUACAAAAGGUGCAACAGCGCAGGUUCAAGAAGACUGUGCCGCUGUGAUUCUUCGAGAAGAUGUCUCAAAGUCUAAGAGUACUUCUGGGCAUGUGGUUGAUACCCAGCCCAUGUUGCAUGGGUCGAAACAAGCUCAGCAGUCGCAAGAGACGGAACAACUGCAAUUUGACAAUUUGCCUGCUUCGAGGCCGGCCGGUGCUGCUCGUCUGAUAGAUUCAGGACAGGAGUCUGGACUUCAACGCGCUCGCAGGGAGCAUCAUGAGUACAUCCGCGAGAGGGAUGCCAAUCCCGCAAUGGUGCCCACCAGGGGCGGGUUCUUCCUCCAUGACGAUCGGACCUCGUCCUCCGGUGGCCCAAACACAAGACCUUUUGGACGAGGUCGGGGUCGGGCCUAUGGACCUGCAAUGACCACAGGACGAGGAUUUGGUUUCAACACACCGAUGGACAAGCCUUGGGCGCAUGAUCUCCACGAACAGCACGAGAACAAGACCCAGUCGGCACAGCAAGAAACCAGGCCAAUUCCUCCUCAGGUCGACACGGAGAAGGGCCAGAACAGAGGUAAAGAUCCUUCAACGACUCCAAAUAGGUCGUUUUCUUUCACGUCUAUCAUGGGAAAUGUCAAUGUCCAAAUAUCAUUUCCAGGCAUGGCUGGCAAAAUGACGGUACCAAAUGUCGUCAAGAAACACCACGUUUUGCUUCCACAGCAUCGUCCUCCGCUGAGAAGGGACAAGCCCGUCCGCAUCUCGAUCCCCGGAGCAGCACCACGAUACGUCUUCCCUCAUGUCGAUCGGUCGUUCAUCUUCAUCCCGCGGGCCCUGCGUCCUAAUCAACCGGGAUAUACACGCGGCCGUGGUAGAGGCAGCUUCCAUGGAAGCCGCAGACCAAGCAUAUAUGGGGGUGGCUAUACACCAAGUGUUGCGAUGAGCCGAAAAUCCUCCAUGGGGGCGUCUACAUUGCGAGAAGAUAUCAGAUCUCCCGUAGGCUCGGUCAUUUCUCACCCAGCAGCAACCAAUAAUGAUAACAGUCGGCCUGUUGUGCGUAUGCCGUCUGGUGCUCCGACACCGUCUCUGUCGAGAAGUGGGCUGCCGACAAUGAACGGUCAAAUUCCCAUGACUGCGGCACCGCCACCAAUGCAGGCGCCUGCGCUGUAUGGGAGCCACGCUGCCGCUAUCCCUAUGCACCAACCGCGGCCCCAGAAGACAGUCUCCGUGGCACAUAUCGAAUCGCCGGCGGCUUUCCAUUUCAAAGCUCCUCAGCAGCAGCAAGAAAUACCCUUCCACCAACAAGUACCUACACAGAUCUCCAACUUGUAUAUGGAAGACAAGACUGCGGCUCAACCCGGUCAACCGGCCAUGCCUGGAAUGGCUGGAGUGUCGCCUCUCUCGCAGAUACCGGAAGGAGCGGUAUUCGCGCCAGGCUUUCAGCCAUACCCUGUCAUGGGGGCCGCUCCGUAUUUUGGGGGGCCUUACAGCAAUGGGGCGAUUUUCUAUCCACCCGUUCCUGGUACAGGCUCGUUUGGAGUACCGAUGACUGGUCCAGCACUGGCACCCAGCUUCAUCCCUGGUUCGCAGUCGCAUCCGAUGAGCUACAUGCCUGCAACAGGACCUCCGGACAACAGCAUGCUGGCGCACGAGUCGAACGGUAUGGUUUACUACUACAACAAUCCCACAAUGUUCGCUCCUGACGCCCAGGGUGGAAUGCAGCAAUUCCCGAUGGCUCCCAAUGGAAACAUGAUGCCACCAUUGGGCCAUGGAAUGCCGUCCCAGGCUCCCUAUUACUACUCUUCUGGCGCUGCUGGCAUGUUCUAUCCCGCGCAGUCUGGCUGA